GGGGCGGGCGAGGCGCGGGCCCGGGGUGCGCGGCAGCAGCGGGCCCGGGGAGGGAAAGGGGGCGAGUGGCGGGCGAAUCGAGUGCGGCCCCCGGAAUUUCUCCACGCCGCGGGUCCCGCUCAGCGAGGCCCAGGUGGGCCCACACCAGCCCUUGUUACACACAGAAACGAUUUCCGUCUCACGAGUGCGUUUGUUUCUGACCCUUCUCCCCCAGGAAAAGCCGCGAUGCGGUCUGUAAACUGCCAGAGUGGCAGCCUGAUGCCGUCGAGGACACUCCGCUGCUCAGCGAGGCACUGAGCGACAGCGUGCUCGGCAGCCGUAACUUGAGUUGGCGUCGUCCCAGCUCCUGUGUCUGUUGCUGCCCAAAGUGCUUUUCCCUGCAGCAGGGGUCCUUUGAACCCGCAGUACUUGGUAGCCUUCUUCUGGGUGCUGAACGCGACAGGUGACCUAUGCAAAAAUGCUGCGGUACUGGGGCGAGAUCCCGGUUUCCUCCAACCAGGCCAACCGCAGCUCCUUUGACCUGCUGCAGCGGGAGUUUCGUACUGUGGAAGUCCAGGAUCCUCCACUGCACCAGCCGUCUGCCAACAAGCCCCGUCCCACCACCAUGCUGGACAUCCCCUCCGAGCCCUGCAGCCUCACCAUUCACACCAUCCAGCUCAUCCAGCACAACCGGCGGCUGCGCAGCCUCAUCGCCGCGGCUCAGGCUCAAAACCAGCAGCAAGCUGAGGGCAUAAAAACCGAAGAGAAUGAACCUCUGCCAUCUUGUCCGGCCUCCCCACCUCUCCCUGAUGACCUGCUCCCUCUGGAUAGCAAAACCCCCAAAAUGCCAUUUCAGCUGAGGCACAGUGACCCAGAGAGUGAUUUCUACAGAGGAAAAGGGGAGCCAGUGACAGAGCUGAGUUGGUCUUCCUGCCGGCAGCUUCUGUACCAGUCGAUGGCCACCAUCCUGGCGCACACGGGCUUUGAGUGCGCCAACGAGAGUGUCCUGGAGACCCUGACGGACAUUGCCCACGAGUACUGCCUCAAGUUCACCAAGCUGCUGCGCUUUGCUGUGGAUCGAGAGGCUCGGCUCGGCCACACCCCUUUCCCUGAUGUCAUGGAGCAGGUCUUCCACGAAGUGGGCAUUGGCAGCGUGCUCUCACUGCAGAAGUUCUGGCAGCACCGCAUCAAGGACUAUCACAGCUACAUGCUUCAGGUUAGCAAGCAGCUCUCUGAAGAAUAUGAGAAGAUUGUCAACCCUGAAAAGGCAGCAGAAGACACAAAACCUGUGAAGAUUAAGGAGGAACCUGUUAGUGAUAUCACUUUCCCCAUAAGUGAAGAGCUGGAAGGAGAUCUGGCUUCUGGUGACCAGUCUUUGCCUGUUGGAGUUCUUGGAGGUCAAAGUGAGCGCUUCUCUGCCAACUUGGAAGUAGAAGCUUCCCCACAGACUUCAGGGGCUGAGGUGAAUGCUUCCCCACUGUGGAACUUGGCACAGGUGAAAAUGGAGCCACAGGAAAAUGAGGAGGCUAAUGUACCUGGCCAUGGGGUUCUGGGCAGUGAUGUCUUUGAGGAACCAAUGUCAGGCAUGAGUGAAGCUGGGAUGCCACAAAGCCCCAAUGGCUCUGAGAGCAGCUACGGUUCUCAUUCUGCUGACAGCCUGAUGGGGUCCUCACCUGUCUUCAACCAGCGCUGCAAGAAAAAGAUGAAGAAGAUGUGAAAAGGAACAGUCUUUUUAUUUAGUCCUGGUGGUGUGCAACAGACACUUGAAAGGAACUAGUAGAGUAUUGUGAUGAUUCCAACACAGGGCUGGCCCUGGUGUGUAAGGGACCUGCAUGAAAUGACUAUGAGAGGUUUGAUGUUUAGCUCCCCUCUUUGCUGGCUUCUGUACUCCAUCCUGAUUGAUGAGACUGAAGAUCACCCUUUACAUUUGAUGGUGGCAUGGCUUGCUUUGGCAGAUUAAUGAGGAACGUGCCGGUGAAAAGUAGUUGUGAGGAGAUUUUCUUAGUUACAGAACCAUUGAAUACUUUGGUUUGAAGGGACCUUGUGGCAUUUCUACUCCAGCCUCCUUUUCAGAUUUCAGCCAGUUAGAGCAGGUUGCUAAGGACUUUGUCCAUUUGAGUUUUGAGUAGCUACAAGGAUGGUGAUGCCAAAUCUCUCUGGGCAAUAUUUCCUGUAUUUGGCAACUAUCACAGUAAGAAAAACAAUAUAUUUGCAUCUAGUUGGAAUUUCCCAUGUUCCAGCUUGUGUUCACUGCCUCUUUUUCUGUUAUUGUUUAUCUCUGAAGAGAUAGAGUCUGACUGCCUUCUCUAACCCAGUUAUUAAGGGAUUAUACACAAUGAGAUCUCUUUUUAGUAUUUUCUCUUCUUAAAUGUGGAGAAACCAUGUUGCCUGAGCUCUCCUUACUUGUCCUGUGCUCCAGCCCCCAGACCAGCUCUGUGACCUUCCACUGAAAUUGCUGCAGUGCCCUGUAAGGGGGAGCACAAAAAUGAAUGACAUCCUCCAAACACUAUCUCGCAAACGCUGAGUAAAGAGGAACAAUAAUUUCCCUCAGAGUGCUGGCUAUCUGCUUGCUGACUGUUGUGGGCAGCAGGAGAGUCCUCAGUCAGGGUAUUUUAGUUGGAGAGCCAUCACUGAUGAUGAUGAUGAUGAUGUAGCAAAGAUGCUGUAGCAUGGUCUCACGGUGCCAUUAGCCAGCUUCCUCAGUGCCUUCACGUUCAGCCUGUUGGUUUCAGUGGGCUUAAUUCUCACUAACUCAGUCUUCCUCUGCUGUAGGCAAUGCUUUAUUCCUGUAUGCUGCUAGAAGGCUCGAGGACUUGGCAGGCCUUAAAGCAGAACUUACAGUGAAAACAGGUGAAAAAGGUGUUGUGUACAUGAGCCUGAAAAUACAAAAGCAUCCUUUGUUACCAUAUUGUUUGCAUUGUUGAACAGUAAACCAUAUUUUAUUUAACCUUCCUUUUGCUUCUAGUGUACUUAAAGAAGCCCUUCUUCUUACUUCUUACCAGUUUGAACUCCAGCUGAACUUUGGCUUUCCUAAUUUUCUCUGUGUACUUGGGCUGUGUUUCUGUAUCUCUGCUGGCCAGCCCAUCAUCACUUCCACUUCUGUGUACCUUUCAGUUUGUGUUUGAGAUUGGUCAGGAGUUCCUCAGUCAUCUGUACUGGCCUUCUGUCAUGCCUGCUGUAAUUUCUGUUUGUCAGAAAGGACUGAUUUUUUACUUUGAGAAGGCUGUCUUUGAAGAUAAAGGAGCAUACUUGGAUUUCUUUGGGUAGCCAGGACAGAAUUUCCCUUGUGAAGUUCUGCUGAGACAUUCCUUGAAUAAAACAAAAUAUGUUGACUUACAGGUACAGGACUCUGUCUUGUACACGUUUCUCAGGAUUUUAAAUGGCACAGUUCUGUUUCUUCUGCAGCCAAUACAUUCACAUUCUCCACCAAUUCUUCCUUGUUGGAAUCAAGACCAGCAGAGCUUACUCCCUAGUUGAUUACUUGAUCAUCUGUUCAUGAAAGUUGAUGUGGUUUUCUGGAGAGAAUGAAACCGCUUUUACUAAUGGUGUGAGCCUGUACUGGCAAUGCAAACUUUUCCUCUGUCAUUGGAUUGAGUGCAGCAACUUCAGGCUGGCUGAGCUUUCAUAUUUGAGGUCGUUAUCUUGACAGCUUAGUCUGAAACAGAAUCUAUUUUGCUGCUUGCUUUUAUGGCUCAGCUGACUGAUGGAAUUUUUUUUGUUCUUCACAAUCCUCAGUUGAUCAACUCGGUCUUUAACUUGAUUCAGUGUGUCUCUCUCUCAAAAGAGCUAGAAUGAACAUGAAUCAAGAAUGAACAGCCACUUAAACUGGCUUUAUACCUGUAACCCCUUGGGAUGGUUGAGGGAAAUUUACCAAACCUACCAUUUAUCUUUACAAUUGCAGGUUUAUCUUUUGAAAGAAUGAGCUUCAGGCAUAGUAUUUUUGUUUCUGUAUAACAUGCCUGGCCUUAAUUCUUUUUUCCUAACUGUAUUUCUCUUCCACUUUAUAGAAGUGGAAUCCAAACAGAAAAUUUCUCAAUGUCUAAUAAGAAUGUGUGACCAUAGGCUUUUAUGGACAAUGGUGUUAAAAUUGUCCAUCAGAGUUUUAAAGGUCUCUCCUGGGGGGUAAAUUCUCACUAUUUUAAGCCUAGUCAGUAGUGGAAGAGCAUACCAGGAAAUCUUUAUUUUGAUUCCCCCUGAGUCCCCAUUAGCCAGGCUGCAAUGUCCCUGUUUUCUCAGCUGUAAAAAAGAAUAGUAAUAUUUGCCUUUGAGAAGUGUGUUUGAGAUCUAGUUACUCUGCAAGAAAAAGGCGCAGUAAUCAUUCAGAGAGUUUUGUGAGAGCUGCAAGCUUUUACUCCACUUCAGUUGGACUGUUGCUGGCUGGAGAAUGCUUAGAUGGUCACUGAAAUGUCCUAUAUGACACAGAUUUUAAGCAAAACUGCUGAUCACAAAGACCAACACGACUCUGCUGUUCAGCUGUCCAGGUAUAAGGAAGGCAUUUGGGGUGGUACCUUCUCGCUCAGCUUUAGAUGUCUGCAUCUAAACUUGUUCCUUUGGACCACACUUGCAGAUGAAUAGAAAUAAUCAUUCUUAGGUCACUGUCCUUUUGGCCUUGAGGUAGAAGUAUAAAGCAGGUUGAAUGAAUGGCAUUUUUAGAAAGGUCUAUUUUUACUUUGUGUGCCCAUGAAGUGAGUUCAGCUUGACUGCCUCAGCUGAAGACAUCCACACUGUCAGUGUAUGAGUUAAGUGAUGUGACUUAAGCCUUUCCUGGAUGGGAAUCAGAGACGUCCUCCUGCUGGGCCAGUGCUUUUUCUUUUCUGCACAUUUACUAGAGCUUGCAGUUCAAAUGGUAGUACAGGGCUAAGAGCAGGCUGCCCAUCUCAGCUAAACCAGCAGAUCCAGCAUUUCCCACAACACACAGAAUGUGCCAGGAUGGGGCCUUGAGGCUCAGUCUGAUUUGCCCCUUGAGUCUUUGACACUGUGUGAGAACACCUGUCAUUGGGCCUUUCUCUAUAGGUGCUUUGCAAACUGGUUCUUGUAGUAGUGUUCUUGCAGCCAGGGUACUUAUGCAAAGUCCAUUGCACUAUUUUCAGGAGCCAAAUGACAAGAGUGACUGCUGCCAGCAUCACUUGCUCAUUUGCAAGGUUUCAAGUGGGCUAAAAAUGAAAAUCUAGUGUCCUCUAGGGCUUUGGUUAAACCUCAUAAGUGUUAAUCUUAAGUGUUUUCUCUGUAUUGUUCACGUGCAGAUGUUCUGUCUUUAUUUUUUGGUGAUUUUUUUAAAUUUCACAUUCCUUUUCCAUACCCAGUUCACCCUAUAACACACACUCUUCAACAAGCCAAGCCUGAGUGCUUCAAGUGUAUUUAAAUGCAGUGCAUAGUCACUGUCUUUUGAGCCAGCUGUGUUGUUGCAGUGUAAGGGAGAAGUGCUAUUGAUUCUCUUUGGGAUGCGUGUUCAUGCAGAGGUGAGAAACCCAUCAGCAUCGCCUGUACACUUAAAAAUGAAGGCAGAGUAAGAGCUGUACCUCCUGUUGCCCCACUGUGCUAAGGGUUGCAGCUGACUUUUGUGUGCUUGAUGUUUCCUUUUAUGCAUGUGGAAGCUUUACCUUCUGGGUGAGCCCUUCGCCUCUGAACAUUUAUGGUUCUUAUAUUUGCCGUGGUGUUCAUCAUGCAUGAAAUAGUGAAAUUAAAAACUAGCUCACAAAGUCAGACACAGACUAUAUGCUCUUUUGAUGAAUCAGAUAAGAUUUUGCUAGGUGUUAAUGCAGCCUUGGGCAACUAGUGAGGUGUGUUCAUUGACCAUGUUAUCCCCAAAUUUCAAACCACGGUGAGAUUAUGCAGUGGGUUGGAAUGAAGCUCUGCUCUCACAGUUGCUGUUUCUUGCUGAUGGCUGGUGAAGCACUCUGCUGACCCACCUGCUUCAACAGUCUGCAGUUUUUACAGUUCUUUCAUCUUUCUCCUUUUCUUUCCAAAAGUGGGUGGAUGAAAAAUGGGAGCAGUGAGUAUUGACCAUGUCCAUAUCCAGUAGCAUUGAUGUCUUACAUUGAUUUAUUUUGCCAUGAUUGAAAUUGGUAGGAACGUUGAUAUCAAUUUGGAGAGCAAGAUCUGUAAAUUACUUGGCUUUUGAAGUGUUUUGCAUAGGAAUCAUACAGGAUUGUAGUUGAGAGAGUGCUGUGUAUCAUAUUCCUUUUCCCCUCUAGCAAUACUUUUUUUAUUCCUUUUGAAGAGUUUUGCCUGGUAUCCAGUAAAGUUCGCUGUAUAAAUGGCAGUGUAACAACUUAUGUGUACAGCUUUAUGUCAGACUACACUACCUAGUGAUUUAAUUCCAAGGCUGUCCAUGAUAAUUUGAAUAUGCAUAAUGCUGUGCAGAAAAAGAGAUGUUUCCUGCAUAGAAAUGUACAAUUUAAAAAGAAAACAGGAAAACAAGAUUAGGUAGGGUAGGUGAGGCCAAUCUGAUUAUGUGCUCAGUUCUGAGACUAAUGCACAUGUUAUGUGUGAAGGAUGUUUUACUUAAAAUGUUUUUGUACAUGCAUGUGAAAGAAAUCUGUAACUUUGCUUUGUGUUUGUAUGGAACAAAAUUACUUGGAAAUAUUUCAGGGUUGGGUUUUUUUUCCCCCUUGCUCUCCUGGAGAGAGUUGCUUUGUAAUUUCUAAGAAAAUAAAUAAAAAGAUUCAGAAAUAAAAAUUCGAAA